AAGAGGCAGAGCUAAGUCAGAACGAAGGGGAUCGUCAGAGAGGAAGUAACCAUUCACGUGCCGGACAGGAUUGAGGGCGGGAUCAUUUACUAACCCAGUAGAGGUAUAGAGAGGUUGACUACAUUCUAACGUCAGAAGCCUAGUAGGCAGUGCAUGCAAACCAGGCUUUGACAUGGCGGCGUCUCACACGGAGGUAGAAGGAGCCAUCGUGACCGUAGUAAGAUGCUUCUUUGAACACGCUAAAGCAGAGGGCAGACGGGAAACGCUGAGCUUUGCAGAGUUCACCACGCUGGUCACCAAAGAACUCCCGCACCUGAUGAAGGACGCGUGUCUGGAGGAAAAGAUGAAGGAGCUCGAUAUCGACAAGGACAACGAGCUGAAGUUUAAUGAGUACUGGCGGCUGCUGGGAGAACUGGCUAAAGGGGUUAAGGAAGAUGUCAAGGGCAAAAAGUAACGAGACGAUCCAUAACACCCACUUUUUACUAGCAUCGGGGAAAAGCAGCCACCGGGAAUUUGCAUUAAAAAACUAAAAAUCCUUGGGAGAUGAAUAAAAACUGCAUUUCAAUCAGAAUAAUA